AUGUCUAGAGAUAGAUCACCUGAAAGAAGGACCGGAAGUGCUGAGCUAAAGAGAAGGAACGACUCUCAUGACUUUGAUCUACCAAAAAUCUCUAUAGACUACAAGUUUGGUGAUGCAGGAUCGUCCUGGAGGAUGAUCAAGUUGAAGAGAACUCUUGAAGCGAUCAAAGAAAGAAGCUCAAAGUCGAAAACGGACAUCAUUUUGGAAAGAUAUGGGACAGAAAUCGAGUAUGACGUUGCAACUCAAGAGAGAAAUGAAUUAGAUCAAAGAAAGAACAAACCUAAGAGCCAUUGGAUUUACGAGCCGAUUGCAACCAUUAAACAAGCGGUGAAUAAUCAACUUUCGCUAAAAGAACUUAUACAACAGGAACGCAAUUUCGCCUUUGACGAAGAUUCUGCAAAGGCAAUAUUAAAAGAUUCCACGUAUUCUAAUGAUACUGAUUACCAGGAUGAAAAUGCCGCCAAGCUCGCCUCCUUCGUGAAUUCCGGUAAGAUAAGAAUGCUGCAGAAUGGCCAAGCACAACAGGAUCCAAAAGUAUUGCAGAGAAUUAUGAAAAAUUUGGAUAGGUGUGAACUAUGUAACAAGUCUGAAGUCUUACCUAUUUCUAUGGGCCAAUAUACCUACCUAACAUUGUUGCCAUACAAUAGUUACAAUAAAUUGUACCCAUCAAAUACAAGCGUGAUUGUUGUCGACGAACAUUACAAUAAUACGCUCUAUUGUGAGGACGAAGAGUGGGAUGAAAUCGAAAAUUUCAUGAAAACUUUGGCCAUAUACUAUUAUAAAGAGUACAACAAGGGUGUAAUAUUCAUUGAAAACGCGGUAGAGCCAAUUAAGUAUCAAAAAAACCAUGCCCAUAUACUAGCUGUGCCAGUCCCGUUGUCUAUAAUGGCACAGAGUGAAGGAUAUUUCAGGGAAGGAAUACUUUCUAACUCAGAUGAGCUAGAUGAUCAGCAUAGUUCCAUACUAAACACGAAAGAGAAAAGUAAAGAAUAUCCUGGAAGUAACAGAAGACAGGUUGGGUUUAAGCAACUAAUUGCUAAAGAGGCUCCAUAUUAUCACGUCUGGUUCAAUUUAGACGGAGGAAUAGGGCACAUAGUACAGGAUUUUCAUCAAUGGCCCAAGUAUGAUUUGUUCACCAGACAAAUAGUAGGCGAAGGUUUGCUCAAGUGUGAUGAUCCUACCCAGAUCAACAAUUCUAAAGAUUACAAGAAAUGGGUUAGUUCGGCACAUAAAGGUGAAGAAAAGGAGAGGGUUGAGAAGUUCAGGAAGAAGUGGGAUGUCUACGAUUGGACCAAACCUGCAACUUAG